CUCUCCCCUCCACACUCAUUCUCUCACUAGUUACCCUCUCUCCCUCACUUACUUUCAUUGCUCAUCUCUCUACCCGUGUUUCAGUUUCUAUUCAACACCGUUUUGUACCGCGCAACCGGACGGACGAAUUCAGUAGGAGUACGGUUUCUUCGUUCGAAAAACGUUUACGUUUUGUGAGGUAGAAAAUUUUGGAAUUCUAAUAUGACCGAUCCGAAAAUUGAGAUGCACUAUACACCACCAACGUCGGACACGAUACAAACGAAACCUUUUCCAAUUCGAGGGGAACGAGCUAAUUUUGUAAACAAACCCCAUGUAAUAGCUAUGGUAGGUUUGCCAGCUCGUGGCAAGACCUACAUUUCAAAGAAGCUCUGCAGGUAUCUCAAUUGGAUUGGAAUAAGCACGAAAGUCUUCAAUCUUGGGGAGUAUAGAAGGCAUGCCACUACUGCCUAUCAAUGUCACGAAUUUUUCCGUGCGGAUAAUAUCAAAGCUAUGGCAAUACGGACUCAAUGUGCUGUGGACGCAUUGAACGACGUUUGUCGUUGGCUGGAGAGCGGUGAUGGCGAGGUUGCUGUUUUCGAUGCCACCAAUUCUACCGUGGAUCGGCGUAGAAUGAUCCACGACAUCGUUGUCGCAAAAAUGGAUUACAAAUUAUUUUUCGUCGAAUCCGUUUGCAACGACCCUGAAAUAGUCGAGCAAAAUAUCAUGGAGGUCAAAGUUAGCAGCCCGGAUUAUGCUAAUAUGAAUAAGGAAGAAGUAUUGGCCGACUUUAUAUUGCGGAUCGAACACUAUAGGGAAAGAUAUCAGCCAUUGGACGAAGAUUACGAGAACGAUCUGUCUUUCAUGAAAAUCUAUAACACCGGGGAAAAAGUAAUAGUUCAUAAACACGAGGGGCACAUACAGAGCAGAAUCGUCUACUAUUUGAUGAAUAUACACAUUGUACCACGUACGAUAUAUCUAACCAGGCAUGGCGAGAGUAUGAUGAAUCUGGAAGGUAGAAUAGGAGGUGACUCGGAUCUUAGUGAAAGAGGUCGGGAGUACGCCAGGGCAUUAGCUACCUACAUUACCAGUCAGGAUAUUCAGGGUCUUAGAGUAUGGACGAGCUGGUUGAAAAGGACUAUUCAGACGGUAGCAGACGUGCAAGCACCGCAGGAAAGAUGGAAAGCUCUCAAUGAGAUUGAUGCCGGAAUUUGCGAAGAGAUGACCUACGAGGAGAUAGCCGAUAAAUAUCCAACGGACUUUGCUGCAAGGGAUCAAAAUAAAUUCUCCUAUCGUUAUCCACGAGGUGAGAGCUAUGAGGAUUUGGUAGCACGGUUGGAGCCCGUUAUAAUGGAAUUGGAAAGGCAGGGUAAUGUUUUAGUCGUCAGUCAUCAAGCGGUGCUACGUUGUCUCCUAGCUUAUUUCUUGGACAAGAGUGCAGAGGAACUACCGUAUCUUCAGGUACCAUUGCAUACCAUCAUUAAAUUAACACCCGUUGCAUAUGGUUGUAAAGUGGAACACAUACGACUUCCAAUCGAUGCAGUGGAUACUCAUCGGCCAAAACCAAAGACUGCCUACCUGACUGUUUAGCGGUAGCGAUACAGAACGGUUUAUUUGUUUCUGAUUGGAAACCCUACGCUGGAGAUCGUCCAUGCCCCUCCCCCCGAACCCUUUUUUGUUUAUUUUUCUCUUUUUCUAUAUUUUUGUUUUUUAAAUCCUUCAAGCCCGAUAUCCUUUCUGAUAUUCGAAUGGCUUUUUUUAUUUUUUAUAAACUAAACUCUUUCUCGUCGCAUGCAUUUUAUUCGAUUUAAAUGGUGUACUUUUUAGGGCUUAAGCGUUUUAUUGUGAUCGUACAUAUAUACUUCUUAUGAUUGUACUCUACACUAAUGUAAAAUAUAUCCAAAGAUAAUGAUUGUUUUAU